AUGGCUGUCACCAGCGAUGCUCGCAAGAAGCGACCUCCCUGCAAGAAGAAGAAGAUUCUUGCUGUCCAAGAAGAACCUGCCAAGGUUGAGGCCAAUUGUAUGUCCUUCAAGCAGCAGGACACUGAUGAUUCAUUAGAUGAGAGAGGUGACCAUGUCUUAGAUGAGUUUGGGCUUGUAGAAUGCACAUCAAUAAUUGUGUUUGCUUUUCCUUUGGAGAUAAUAGACCAUUUAACCUUCUGUCAGAUUGCGCCGCCAUCCAUAAUCUCCGUGGACGCCGCAACGCCGCCUUCCACCUCCAACGUCACCGCACCAACGCCGUCAUCCACUUCCCCCACAGCUGCACCAGCGCCGCCGUCCAACUCCUCCACGGCCAGACUAGCGCAGCUGUCCAACUCCACCACCGGUGAGGCUCGCAAGAAGCGGCCUGGGCAUGAACUCCCAAGGUCUGGCUCCAAGAAGAAGAAGAAGAUAGCUGCUGUCCAUGAAGCCCCUGCUGAGAAUGCUGUUGAAGCCGUCCUUGCUUCUGAAUCUGACAAGACCAAGUGCCUCAGUGGCUCUGCCAAGAGGAAGCUGAAGAAGCAAAAGCCUACGAAGGAAGACUCUAAUGGGGAUGCUCCUAAUGGGACCGCUGCUGAGAAAGAGCAGGAGGCUCCCAUUGAACAAGAGAAAAUUGAGAUGACCCUUGAAGAUUAUGAGAAGGUGCAAGAAAAGAAGAAGUCUCUGGAGGCCUCUAAACCAGAGGAGAGGAGGGUUGUUGAUGUAGAUUUUGAGGGUCUCCAGCUCUUGGAGAAAAAAUUGAUUGAGGAUGAUGCUAAAUUGAAGGCGGAAAAUGUUCGUAAAGCAAAGGAGGUUGCUGCAAAGGAAGCUAAACCUUGCAAGAGAGCUAGUCCACGAGUUUAUUCUCCAAAGAUUGUGGCGAGCUCCCCAGGGGUCAAUAUGUUAGCAAGAUCAGCUGCAUUGAAGAGGGUGUCAUCGGCGGUGAGGCACGCUUCCGCAAAAAGAGCAAAGUUAGCAGAUCAACUAGAGACACCUGAAUCACAAUGGACGCUGCUACAGAACACCCCUUUGCUUCAAAAUCUGGUCAAAGCGUAG